AUGCUGAAACCCAACCUGGUACCUAUGAUUCAAGCACAACCGGAUAAAGCUCUGCAGACUUUACUGGAUGAAUUCAGCGAUGUAUUUGCCCCUGGAUUUGGGAAAUUCACUGGCCCACACGUGAAAUUCCAACUCAACGAGCAAGCAACUCCUCGUUUCUGUAAGGCUCGUUCCCUACCUUAUGCCUUGGUGGACAAAGUUUUGGAGGCGUUGGACCGAAUGGUAGCAGAUGGCAUCUUAUCACCAGUAACGACUGCGGAAUGGGCCACACCUGUCGUGCCUGUUGUGAAACCGGAUGGAUCCAUCCACGUUUGUGGAGAUUUCCGUCUCACUGUGAACAUAGCUACUGUUACUGAAUAUCCCCUUCCACGGGUAGAAGACAUUUUCGCACGGCUAAAUGGCGGCGAAGUGUUCACCACUCUCGACUUGACACAAGCUUACAAUCAACUACCCUUGGACGACAAGGCUAAAGAAUUGACUGUGCUCAACACCCACAAGGGCCUAUUCUGCUUCAACAGACUUCCGUUUGGAGUAAGUUCAGCACCAGCCAUCUUUCAAAGACGAAUCGACUUGCUCUUCAGUGAUCUGCCAGGUGUCCAAGUUUACCUUGACGACAUCAUCCUAGCGGAGAAGAAAAAUGACCUCACGCUACUCCGAAAAGUGCUCCAGCGGUUACGAGACAAUGGAUUUAGACUGAACCGCAACAAAUGCAGAUUUCCCCAAAAAGAAGUAACCUUUCUGGGUCACCGCGUGGACGCUUCUGGCCUCAAGCCCAAGGAUGACAACAUAGCAGCUGUCAUAAGGGCCUCAACGUCGACUUCGGUGACGGAACUCAAGGCAUUUCUAGGAUUGAUUAAUUACUAUGCCAAGUUUUUACCUAAUUUGUCUACCCACCUGGCUCCACUGUACGACCUGCUGAAGAAGGGUGCCACAUGGGAGUGGCGGAACAAACAAGAGACGGCCUUCAAGCACGUCAAAGAAGCAUUCCAGACGUCGAAGUUUCUAGCCCACUUCGACCUGAAAAAAACCAUUGAGGUUCGAAUGUGA